UUCACCAAUAGUUGAAUGUAAACAAAUAUUAUGCUCAGGUUGCCAAAAGAAAAACCAUGAAAGGUAUGAAAAAGAAAGGGAAUACGUCUACGUCUAUUUUGCAAUGUUUGUUUCCUUGUACGUUGCGUUGAACUUCUUCAAUCUUUCAUAAAGGACACAUAAUGAGGUAGAAUGGAGCAGCGUGGUUCAUUCAGAUGAUACAUGACAAUACAGUGUGCUACUUGCUGGAUAUUUCUAUGCGAUCUAAAUAUCAGUGGGCGGUCUGAAAGGAGUGGAAAUAGAGGGCGAAAAGGAAAGAUGGAAAUGCCUUCAGUGUCGCUGAGGAGAGAGACAGUGAAGGCUUAGGUCUCAGAAGUGCCAAGUUGAAUAAAAUUGAGAUUACGGGAAAUAAUAAUGUCAGGAACGAACAUUUCAUAUUCGGAGAGCAUUGGGCCUUUAGGGUCGGGAAUGGCUAUCAACGAAAGUUUGACCGACAGGAAUGACAUUCUGUUGAGAAUGAACAAAGAAAAAGUUAUUCUUCUUUUACCAGUAAUUGUCUACGUGUUUGUGUGCAUCGUUGCUGGUAUAAUAGGAAACGUUUUCGUAUGUUAUAUUUAUACGCAUCGUCUACGACGUUCGCCUUCAAGGAUAUUUAUACUGUUUUUAGCCAUGUUGGAUUUGAUAUCGUGUAUCGUCGGGGCGGGGUCAGAACUUUCAGAUCUCUUUCAACCACUUGUGUUCACUGCAACUUGGUCCUGUAAAAUUCUGAGAUUUGGGUUGUCUUUCACUAUCAUUUCAGCAAGUUUUACUCUCAUAUGCGUCGCCUUUGAUAGAUAUUACAAAGUCUGUAAGCCAUUAGACUCAUUUCCUAUAAGAAAAAUAAAAAAUCUGUGUAUAAUAGUGGCUGUGUUGAGUUUAGUACUGUCAUCCCCAGCGUUAGGCCUGUUUGGACUAAAAACCGUCAACACUGACGUCAAUGGUAUUACCGGAAGUGAAUGCUCCACCGCUGAUGACGUCAGAGGUACACCAUUGCCUAUCGCGUAUUACGUCAUACUAUUUACAGCUUUUGUGGUGUUAUUGACAUGUUUUGUUCUUCUCUACGUAAGAAUUGGAAUAGAAAUUUGGAAACGCAAACGUCUGACAAUCGGCGAGACGCUUCCAACAAUUUUUCAAGAAAUAAAACAAACCCCGAAAGUAAAAUAUACAAGAAACAACAGUGUUCAAGCAGACGACAUGUCUAGUCCCUCGUGCCAAACAGACGACGAGUCACGUGGUCACAGCGAGUCACGCGCAGGUUGUGAGAACCCCGCUAUAUCAGAAUCGGAAGCCACUGUUGUCAGUACAAUGAACAGAAACAUUAUGGUUACACAGACUGAUAGUAAAUCAACCCUUAGACCAAAACCACUUUUGAAAAGAAGGAAAUCCAAUCUAGGCAGAAUGUCUAUAAGGACAGUGCGGACAACAAGCAUAUUUUUCGCUGUUUCUGCAGCUUUUGUUGUCAGCUUUUUACCAUAUUUAAUUGUUAAUGUGUUAAAAUUUACGAAAAUUGCCUUCCAUGAACUCAAUAACUCCACAGAAGAAGUGGUCUACAACCUUUGUGUACGGUCAUAUUUUCUUAGUAACUUUAUUAAUCCAAUUAUUUAUAGCGCACUUAAUAACAAUUUUAGAAAAGAGUGUAAAAAGUUAUUAAAACGCACGUUAAAGAAUCUCAAAUCCUGUUGUAUUUGCCAAAAACAAUAAAAUAAAAUAAAAUGUG